AAAAACUGUGGAAGAAGCUCGAAAACUAAUGUUAUCCCUUUGAAAGAGCGGGGAACUCCCCAAAACCCUACUUUUGUUUCUUCUUUAACUCCUCUUUCUUGUUACCAAAGCAUCGAAUCGUUGCCUAUUUGAAUCUAUGUAUUCUGUUUUUCUGGAGAACGAUUAAGUGAUCACAAGGAACCUCAAUAAGCAAAUCUCGUAUUUGAUGAAGAAACAUCGUGGAUGGCAGAGGCUUCUGAUCCUCUCAUUGCUCUUUUUCUCUGUAUGCGCUCCAAUCGUGUUCGUCUCUUGGAGAUUCAAAGUCUUUACUUCCAUUGGCCAGAAGGAGUUCAUGGAGGAUUCGCCUAGUAUUAAGCAUAUGACAGAUGUUUUAAGACUCAAUUCCAUUGAACAGGAAGCUGCUGAAGGAUUAAAAGGUCCAGAACUAGAUGUUUUCAAAGACAAGGAUUUUAUUUCUGUACUUAGACACAGUUCUUAUGAAUAUGGUGAUUCAGAUCAAUUUGGGAAUGCACAAGAUGGUUAUGAAUUAUUAGAAGCAAAUGAAACUAAUGAGAAAGGAAAAGAGGAUCAUCAAAUUCAGCAGACUAUAAUACAGAUGAACUCAAGUGAAAAGGAGCAGUUCAAUCAAGAAAUAGGUAGAGAUGAUCAGCAUUUGCAGUCCCAACCAUUCAGGGUUGUGGAUGAAAAGGUAAAGCAGAUGAGAGAUCAUCUUAUUGCAGCAAAAGCAUACUUAAAUUUUGCACCACCAGGUAGUACCUCUCGCUUGAUGAAAGCGUUGCGAGCUCGAAUCAGAGAGUUGGAACGAGUAGUUAGUGAAGCCAGCAGGGAUUCAGAUUUGCCAAGGAGUGCUUCUCAGAAAAUGAGAUCAAUGGAGAUUACUUUGGCCAAAGCAAGUCAGGUAUACCCUGACUGCUCUGCAAUGACUACAAAACUUCAGGCCAUGGCUUAUAAUGCUGAAGAACAGGUUCAAGUACUGAAGAAUCAAGAGUCAUACCUUCUUCAACUUGCCGGAAGGACUAAGCCUAAAGGCCUUCACUGUCUCUCCAUGCGGCUCACAGCUGAAUAUUUUUUGCUUCAACCUGAGGAAAGGCAAUUCUCUAACCAACAAAACUUGAAUGAUCCAGACCUUUAUCACUAUGCAGUAUUCUCAGACAAUGUUCUGGCUUGUUCAGUUGUUGUUAAUUCCACAAUUUCAUCUGCGAAGGAGCCUGGGAAAAUUGUUUUUCAUGUGGUGACCGAUUCUCUCAACCACCCAGCAAUUUCGAUGUGGUUUUUGUUAAAUCCUCCUGGCAAAGCUACAAUUCAUGUUCAGAGCAUAGAAAAUUUUGAUUGGUUGUACUCCAAGUAUAAUUCAACAUUGAAGGAACAAAAGUCCUAUGAUCCAAGAUAUUCGUCUGCUUUUAACCUACGGUUCUAUCUGCCUGAUAUCUUUCCAGCACUGAAUAAGAUUGUACUCUUUGAUCAUGAUGUAGUUGUGCAAAGAGAUUUAACUGAAAUUUGGAAUGUUGACAUGAAAGGGAAAGUAAAUGCAGCAGUGGAGACUUGUGUAGAAAGUGAAGCCUCAUUUGGUGCAAUGCACAUGUUUGUGAACUUUUCAGACCCAUUUUCGGCGAAGUUUAAUGGCAAUGUUUGCUCAUGGGCAUUUGGUAUGAAUUUGCUUGAUCUUCAUGCAUGGAGAAGAAAAAAAUUAACCAUGCUCUACCGAGAUUACUUGCAACUGGGACUUAAGAGUCGAUUGUGGAAGGCUGGAGGCUUGCCUAUAGGUUGGAUUACCUUCUACAACCAGACUGUUGCUUUAGAAAAAAGAUGGCAUACACUUGGGCUAGGUUAUAAUUCGGGUAUUGCUCAGGGUGAUAUCGAGAAUGCAGCAGUUAUACACUAUGAUGGAUUCAUGAAACCCUGGUUGGAAAUUGGAAUAGCUAAAUACAAAGGCUAUUGGAGCAAACAUUUGCUGUAUGACCACCCUUACUUACAACAGUGCAAUAUCCGUGAGUAAUUGAAGCUCGCCACUUACAAGCGGAAUUCUUCGAUUCAUACCAAAACUACGGUCUCUCAGGAACUUCUAGUAUCAAUCUGAUUCUUUAACAAUCUUUCGUAUAAUUUUUCAGUUCAUGUUUCCCCGUAUGUUCCGGCUAUAAUCUUCUUUGGGAUCAAGUUAAUUUAUGGGCAAUAACCGAAGCAAACAAGUUUCUGCAGGGAUUCUGGCUGUCUUGCAAGUAUUCAUUUGUAACUGAUCACAAUUUCCACUUGUAUUGAAGCAUAGAUUCUUGAAAUGUAGGAAGAACUAUGUAACUUGUACUAUUGGACUACUUGAUAUGUUGAUUCACCAUUUUCAGCUAUAGGAUACCGGUUGUGUGGCGGCACUUGUUCUUGUAUCUUGUGAUGCAUCUUUUAGAGGAAUUCAUUAUUUUA